AAAGUGAAGGAGUUUCAAGGGAGAACAGUAACAGAGGGUGAAAGGAAAUAACUGUUUUCUUCCUUGGAUUGAGCUGGUGCAUUCUGUGUGCUCCAAGCAACAGCAGCACUCAGAGAUGAGAUGGAGCAGUCCCCUGCAAUGCGUUCUGACUACUUGGUCUCAGGGAUUCGAACUCCACCAGUGAGGAGGAACAGCAAACUGGCAACACUGGGCAGGAUCUUCAAACCAUGGAAGUGGCGGAAAAAGAAAAAUGAGAAGCUAAAGCAGACGUCUGCAGUGCUGGAGAAGAAGAUGACAGCACGACAAGGUCGGGAUGAACUCAUUAAGAAAGGCCUUCUGGAGAUGAUAGAACAUGAUACUGAAGGCAAAGCCUGCACUGGUGAUGAUGCCACGAGAGCAACGCAGAGUGACCCUCCAGCUCCUGUGUGCCAGGCGCUUGCCUCAGAAGAGUUGCAGCAAGAGAGUACAAUAGCAGCCACAACGAAUGUGACCUCGUUUGGUGAGGAGCUGCAUUUGGAUGAGCUGAAAGAAGAUGCAGCCAAGAAACCUUCAGCACCCACGGAAGAAUUAGAAGAUGCCAGCCUGCCAGCAUCUGAAGACAGUCCACAAGCCUUACUUGUAUCUGAAUCCACAGAUUCCCCCCAGAAACAGACAGAAAGAAACCCAGCACAGCUUCCCAGCCCUCCGUUGCUCCCAGCUCCACCACCCAAGGCAAUCUCCAAAAUCACAAAGAGCAUAACAGCAGGAAGUGAAAUAGAUGACCCAGCCAUGAAAUCUCCUCCUUCCACCAUCCUGAAGAAUUAUGUCAUUGUUGGUUCCUCCCAAAUCUCAGGACAAGCUGCCCUCUUCCAUUCCUCUGGCCAGAAAAGUUCAGAUCCCCAUGUCAGAGGACAGGUAACAACGCCAACCGGUUCCCCUCACCUGGCUGCUGUCCACCUGCCUUUACCUCCCAGCAGAGUCAUUGAAGAACUCCACAGGGCUCUGGCCACCAAACACCGGCAGGACAGCUUCCAUGGAAGAGAAAGCAAAGGCUCUCCAAAAAAAAGAGUGGAUGUCCGUCCAUCCAGAACAUCCAGCAUUGAGCGCAACAAAGAAAAGGAGAACUCACUGAGUUACAGCAGUGAUUCAGAAAAUAAGCGUAACUCAGUUAAAGAGUCGGAUGAGAACAAAGAAAACAUGAUCAUGAACUCAGAGCUCAAGGAAGACUCUGUUUUUUAUCAGGAUGAGGAAGUUUUGAAUGACUCCAUUAUUUCUGGUACUUUGCCAAGAAAAUGCAAGAAAGAACUGCUGGCAGUAAAACUACGAAACAGACCAAGUAAGCAGGAGCUGGAAGACAGGAAUAUUUUCCCAAGGAGGACAGAUGAGGAAAGACAGGAAAUCCGGCAGCAAAUUGAAAUGAAACUCUCAAAGCGACUCAGCCAAAGACCUGCUGUUGAGGAGCUAGAAAGAAGAAAUAUACUUAAACAAAGAAAUGAUCAAACAGAACAGGAAGAAAGAAGGGAAAUCAAACAGAGACUGACAAGAAAGCUUAACCAGAGACCUACAGUUGAUGAGCUAAGAGACAGAAAAAUCCUGAUUCGAUUCAGUGAUUAUGUGGAAGUGGCAAAAGCACAGGACUACGACAGGCGAGCAGAUAAACCAUGGACAAGACUAUCAGCAGCAGAUAAGGCAGCAAUUCGGAAAGAGCUAAAUGAAUACAAAAGUAAUGAAAUGGAGGUACAUGCAUCAAGCAAACAUUUGACAAGAUUUCACAGGCCAUAGAAAUUUUCUUCUGAGAAGAAUCUGUCUUUACUUUUUGAUACUGCUGCUGAACACACAUCAGGGAAUAUAUAAGUCUUUCCCUAAAGUUCAGCCCUGGAUACCUUGAUGUUUAUGUGAAAGAAGGACUCUGCAGAUGAAGUCUCUGCAGCACUUACGUACAGAAAGAAACACCAGAGACGUACUUCGCUCUGAAGUCAGAAGAGUGAUGGCCUGUGGAGUGGGAUGAUCUGCUGAAAAAGACUGAAGUAAAGCUACUUGAAAGAACCUACUACUCUCCUUUAACACUUUGUUAAACUGUUUUGCAGUCUAUCUUGGAAAAGGAGAUGUUGUGCAUGUACAGGCUUUACCAUUCCAAGGCCUCUGACAUAAAUGGACAUGACACACUGUCAUUCAGUAUUGCUUUGACAAGACAUUUUGAACUUACCACAAUUAGUUUGUAAAACACUUAAGUUCAUGUUCUAAAAACUAAUUUAAUGUAUUAUAAUUUCAUUCUUUUUUAUAUAAUGUCUAACAGAAUCACAGCUGCAAGCAUUUUUGAUUCCUGUUACUUUUGUUCUUUAAUUAAAUGACUACUUAUUGCAGGAAAUGA